AUGCGAUCUAAGUCUAAUGCUCAACUGCUCACAACAUCUUGUGAGCACGCAUUUAUAGAGAGCCCAAGCUUUAAGGAAGCAGGGUUCUGGCUGACUGCUAAGUGUGUUGUGGCGAUGGCGGGGGAGGAGAUUAACCAGAAGCUUUUGACAAAAACUGUUGAGGCAGAAGUCGAGGAAAUACCCUUGAAGUCCAAGAUAUGGACGGAGGCCAAGAAGAUGUGGAUUGUGGCUGCCCCAGCUACCUUCACCAGGUUCUCUACCUUCGGAAUCAAUGUCGUCAGUCAGGCUUUCAUUGGUCAUAUCGGGUCGACUGAACUCGCUGCUUAUUCCCUUGUCUUCACUGUCCUCCUGAGAUUCGCUAAUGGUGUCCUGCUGGGAAUGGCUAGUGCAUUGGAAACUCUUUGUGGGCAAUCAUUCGGCGCGAAGCAGUACCACAUGCUGGGAGUGUACCUGCAGAGGUCGUGGAUCGUUUUGAUCAUGUGCGCGACUCUGAUGCUUCCGAUAUUCAUCUUCACCACUCCACUCCUGGAGUUACUGGGCCAAGAGGCUUAUAUCGCAGAAGUUGGAGGAACUAUUUCACUAUGGUUGAUCCCAGUGAUGUUCGCCUCCAUUGCUUCCUACACCUGCCAGAUGUUCCUUCAGGCACAGAGCAAGAACGUGCUCAUUGCAUAUUUGGCUGCAGCUUCCAUGGCCAUCCACUUGGUCCUUUCCUGGCUGUUGACCAUAAAGUACAGGUAUGGGAUCCCAGGAGCAAUGAUAUCCACGAUUCUAGCUUAUUGGAUCCCCAAUAUAGGUCAGCUCUUCUUUGUUACUUGUGGUGGUUGCCGUGAGACGUGGAAGGGUUUAUCGUUCUUGGCAUUUAAGGAUCUGUGGCCUGUUGUCAAACUCUCUGUUUCAUCUGGUGCCAUGCUUUGCCUUGAGCUCUGGUACAACACAGUGCUAGUGCUUUUAACAGGGAACAUGGAGAAUGCCGAGGUUGCUAUCGAUGCUCUUGCUAUCUGCCUCAACAUCAAUGGAUGGGAGAUGAUGAUCUCACUUGGUUUCUUAGCAGCGGCCAGUGUGAGGGUGUCAAAUGAGCUCGGGAGGGGCAACGCCAAAGGCGCCAAGUUCGCCAUUGUGAUGACAGUUGCAACCUCAUUCAUCAUUGGAGUAGUGCUAUUCCUAGUGUUCCUAUUCUUGAGAGGGAAGGUUGCUUAUUUGUUUACGGAAAACGUGGAAGUAGUCCGUGCUGUCUCCGAUCUCUCACCACUACUGGCCUUCUCCAUUCUCCUCAACAGCAUUCAACCCGUCCUAUCUGGCGUUGCUCUUGGAGCUGGAUGGCAGAGUAUUGUUGCAUACGUCAACAUAGCUUGCUAUUACCUUGUUGGUAUCCCAGUUGGAGUUGUUCUUGGAUAUGUGUUUGACAUGCAAGUCAAAGGUGUCUGGAUUGGAAUGCUGUUUGGAACAUUUAUCCAAACAAUCAUUCUCAUUGUGAUCACCUACCGAACUGACUGGGACAAACAGGUUCUUCUUGCUCGCAACCGUGUCAACCGGUGGUACACACCAGUAGCAGAACCCGAGGAGCAAAGUUUGGUGUCUUCCUAGGUUUCAACUACCAGUAGAAACUAGUAACUUAGAUUGUUGUGUGGCAAAUUCAUCCCAUCUAGUCCAAGCCUCUCUUCACCCUUCCAUCCUAAUUUUGCACUUUUGUUACUGCAGAGUAACAAAAAGAUCUGUAGACUAGUAGUAUCUCCAUUUCCCAUUAAUGGCCAAAAAAAAUUGUAUCACAUCCUAAUGUUACAGUCAUGCCUGUUUCUUCCCGCAUUCUCAAUUCUAUGUCACAAUUCACAAAUGUUAAAUCGACAAAAAGAAGAAAAAGAAAUGCUCUAACCAACUUCACUGUUCAGUUUCACCAAAAGUUCUUCGGCGUACGUAUAUGAUGCCUAGAUCGCCGUCCUGCUCCUCCACCCCUUCCACCAUCUCUAUGAGUGUCGGUAACAGCAAACCGCGAGUAUCUCCUAGCCCUGUUUAUCUUCAUCCUUAUGCCCGGAACCUUUCUCCCUACCGCCUGCCAUAUCAUUUGUACAGCAUCUCCUUCCACCGAAGGGUACUGGAACUGAAAGAACCGCUCGACUUCCUUCAACCUCGUCCACAUCCUAGUCCAUUCCUCUUUCUUGAUGCUCCGGAUGAAGUUGAUCAAGAACUUCUCCUUGACUGCGUCGGACGUCUUGACGAACACACAGAAUUCUGAGUAGUCCAGGACGUCCUCGUAGGGGAGCUCGAUCUCGUCGCUGAUGAUCACCGGGACACAGUGGCUGGCAAUUGCGUCAAAGAGCCGGUUCGACGAGGGUGUGUCGCCGGCUAUGUUGAGGCAGAAUUUGGACGAGUGCAUGCCUCGAGAUGCCUUGUGGAUGCCGUCUUUCUUUACGCUACCGAAUUGGAAAUGCACGUCUUUCUCGUCCUUCAGCAGUCUAGUUUCAGAUCAGAUUGGAUUGACUAGCUGAAGCGCAUAGUGAAAAAAACUGGAAAAUGAGGGAAAGGAAAGGAGAGGAAGAUGAACUCACAUCUUUCCUGUAAAUGGCACCCUGGAAAUAGAGCAAGGUGGGUCUGGUGUCAAACUCCGAACUAUCAUUCACAUAGCUCUUAAUAACAUGCUUGUAAGGCGCAAUCACAUCCUUCUCCACAUUCGCCACAUUGGGCGGAUACCUCCCGAAAUCCGACAACACAAACAUCGCCGGCCACAGCUUCAUCCUCGCACUCAGCAUACUAUUGGGGUGGUGUGCCAUCACCAGAUGGUCCCUCCCGCCGGACCUCUUCCACUCCGGCUGCGACGUCACGUACUUCACCACUUUGUCCUGCAACACGUUGUUCCUGCUCUUCUUCUGGUGCGGGUUUACCUUGGAGUACCUGUUGUAGCUCAGUGAAGAGAAGAAUGGCACGAAUAAGACGUCCGCCUCGCUCGAGUUGCGAACUCGAAUCGCGCUCCCAGCUCGAGGGAUCUCGGGGAAUUCAGAGGCUAGGAGGUCGAGUGUUAGCCAGUACUCUAUGCUGUGUUGCAGAUUGAGCCCGCCUGGGUAGCCGGGUAUGUGGGAUUUUAUGUCGGGCCAGACUCGGCCCGGCUCCUCCGGCUUCCAACCCAAGAGCUCGAAGUGGAAUUCCGGCGGCAUGUCGUACAUGUAAACCUUCAAUUGCUGCUGUUGUGGUGGCUUCAGGCUGCUUUCAGCAUUGCAUUUCACAUCACCAUUGGUGCUAGUAGCUCUGAUUUCGGGUCUAAUUAUGGGCUUAUCUUCGUUCACGGGCUUGGGUCCGGCGUCUAGAUUGGUGGUGGUGGAGACGAUGUUGUUGAUUUGUUCUGGUUUUGUGUCGUUGUCGACGAGGAUUGCGCGUGCUCUGGUGGAGAAGGAGCUGGGAGUGGAGAGCUGUUGUUGGAGGGGGAUGUCGCUUUUGACGACGGAAAGAGUGGUGACUGUGGGUAAAAAUGCGUGGUCGAGGAAGCUUGGGCGGGCGGUGGAGGACCGGACGACGACGAACCAGGAGAGCAGGAACACGGCGGAGAUGAACGGGAAUACGCCGAAGAAGAGCUUUCUUGCCGCGAUACCCAUUGACGUGCCGCCGCCGUGUCUGUAUUCCCCCAUCGGAGAGGAACAAAAAGCACCCGGAGUUUUACAAUCUCCCAGAAAAGAGAAACCUCUACAAAGGCGACGGCCGGUUCUUCUGUCCGGCGAGUUGAAAAUUCUGUCAGACGCGAUUCAAUGGCAUUUCGACGAAGAGACUCGAGAAUCCAACGGAAACCCAGAUGAGAGAAUCGGUUUCUAUGUAGAACCCAGAAACGGGGGAAAAAAAAACGAAUUAUGCAGCUCUGAUGAACAGAGAGAGCAUUAAAUGAAGCGAUGCAGAGCAAUAUACAGAGUGUGAAGAGAACCCAAAUAGGCUGCAGAUUGCUUCUUCCUCGUAAAAGAAAUUGGGCGUCUGCUGCUUGAUUCUUGGUGUUUUCUUCUGUUUGGUGAAUUUGAUGGAUAGAAGAACUCUGCUGGGAUUAGGAGGGAAGAAGGCGGAGGAAUAGGAGCUCCCUACUCCGAAUCGUUGGCUGGUGGAGGUGGUGCCGCCAUUUUCGUUUUCCCUCUGAUCUAUUUAUGGUUUUUUUAUUUUCCCGGUUUAUGUUGACUUCUGCAGUUCUACGACUCAUUAAUUAAAGAGAAGAGUAAAAUUAAUAACGAGGCGACA